AUGUUUGGUGUGCUUGUUCCGAAAACACGAAUUUCUGCCGACGGGCUGGACUCCAUGGAGCAGCUCCGCCAAUGCGAUACGCUGGACGUGGCGUACUUCGACGAAAACAUCCAAGUCGUGGUGUACACUCCGUCGUCCGUGGCGCAGGUCGAGGUCGAUUUGGUAUACAAUUUGCAAAACACGGCGAGAAAAGUGCUGGAUUCCAAAGUCGUCAUAGGGUCUGAGGCCGUGUGGAUACUGGAAACGACCGUGGUGCCUGACAAGCUCUCGAAUCAAUUGCAGAUCAAAGCCUCGUUUCGACAGCAGUCUAAAAAGGUGGAAAAUUUAGACUCGCAAGAUACAAUCACUAUAGGCAGCACUGUGUUGACGAAACAUGUGGAUCUGUACGAGCUCGUAACGGCCGACACGUCGCUGCGGAUCAGCCCCGUAUUCCAGAUGCGGUUCAAGACCGUUAAGACAGAGAAAACCAUGGCCUCUUUGGAAGUGGCUCUUUCUGGACAGAUCCGAGCGUCAGGAGUGUCGGUGAGAAUUGAUUCGGUGGAUAUGGACAUCAAGAACUGUCUGUGCACCGGGUACUCGGUGAUAAAGUAUCCAUUGGUGCUUCAAAACCAUUCUAUUCUGUCGCUCACGUACAGACUAACAAACAACGACAUCAAAUGGGUCAAGCCUGUUUUUGUCACCAUCCAUUGCACAGUCAACGGCAAUAGAAAAAUUGUGACACGAUGGACUACGAAUGUGGAUUUCAUGGCGGCUCCCAGCGUGCCCCCCAUCGCCUCGCCUAGCCUUGGGGUGUUCAAAUCCAGUUUCGGGCCAGACAAAAGUCAAGCUCGGCGAGGUGUUCAAAUGGAAGCUACAAUUCAUCAACAAGUCGAACGACUCGUUAUCGCUUAUUCUGUACAUUCAAUCAUCGAUCAACAAACAGUACGAAAAGUCUGUGCCGCCGAUUCCGAUCCAGAACGCCAACAGGGCCGACCCCGUCCCGCUUUACGGCCUCAGCCAGCUGGUGCGGGCUUUCCAACACGAGUUCAGCAAGGUGGGGCUGAUUUCUCUAACCAACAACCUGAAAUUCACGCUGGAUCCAGGAAACCUGUUCGAGACCGAGCUCGAGCUCAUAGGGAUCGAAAAGGGUCUGGUCAAUCUCCACGAUGUGAAAGUGCUGGAGAUUAA